CUUCAGCAAAUGGACGGCAAACCAGAGGAGUCCGUACGGACGAAGAUGGAGUCGCUACGGAUGGCCUGCGAGAGUGAGAUUCCGAUCCACCAGCAGGAUUUGGAUGCCUUCGCGGCGUCGUUUCGGGACUCCCUGGCUUCCGCUCGCGCCACCGCACAAGAAACCCUCCGGUCCCAAGGUAAGUUAGGAGAGGCUAAAGCUAAAUUGAGGGAAGCUGAGGAUGAUUUGUUUAAAGCCCUGGCAGUGAAGACCCGUAAAGAGGCCAAGCGAAUGGCAUUGAUGGAGGCCAUUGAAGCUAGGAAAGCUAGGAUUGAAGUACUUAAGAGAACAGUGCAAGAUCAAAGGGCUAAGAGGGAUGAAUAUGCUGCAAUCCUUUCUCAGCAAUCUUUUGGUAAUUUCCUCUGAUUAUUUCAGUUAUUG